AGGGGGAGAGAGCGAAGAGGGGAAAGGGGCUGUGCUCCGGUAGGGAGAGGGAAUGCCCGGUGAUCGAGCCCAGCAGAGGAGUACCACAGCCACACUGUGAGCAAGAGGCAGCCUGCAGGGGCAACUGAAUUGGUGCUUAGAGAGGGAGAGCGGGUGAGUGAGGGAGAGAGCCAGCCAGCGAGCGAGGGAGACGAGCGAGGCAACCAGCAAAGUUCUGUGCUCCCUGGGAGCUCUCCUUGUGUCCUGUGGAUCAGGUGGGGGGACAUGAGACAGGCAGGACGAGGAGUUUGAGGAGUGGUCGGUCAGCUGACUUUGGGAUCAAGGCUUGAGGGUCACAGCGUCCCCUCCUGCCGCUGCCUGUCGGACGAACGCUCUCAAACUUUGCAUUUUGCCCUCCUACUUUGGCUCGCGGAACUCUAAGACAGGUGUGCCAGGUGGGGACAGUCCGUGUGCCGGUCCAUUUCCGAGACAUGAUCCACAGGGAGUGGGAGCCCCCCACCCCCACGACCAUCACCCAGCAUGGAGAAGUCGAGUAGCGAGGAGUCCGCUAUCCACCGCAGCCCCUCGCUGGACAGCCACGAGUCGGAGUUCGCCCGUGCCUCUGCCCAGGGCCGCCGCUUUGGGGGCCGCGGUUUCACAGCUGGCGCCUUCUACGGCUCUACAGGACCCCGCGGCCAGUCCACCCCCGGGGCCACUCCACCAGGAGACAAAAGCACCACCAAGAGCAAGUCAGCCAAGAGCAGCAAAUACGUGGUCUUUUACCUGGAUCUGUCCUUUGUGUUCCUUUUAGAGUUCAAGAAGUGCAACUUUGUCCGGUUCUGCCUCUGCUGUCUCAAGUACAUGAUGUUCCUGUUCAACCUCAUCUUCUGGCUGUGCGGAUGCGGUCUGCUGGGCGUGGGCAUCUGGCUCUCCGUGUCACAGGGCAACUUUGCCACCUUCUCACCCUCCUUCCCGUCGCUCUCCGCCGCCAACCUGGUCAUCGCCAUCGGCGCCAUCGUCAUGGUGACCAGCUUCCUCGGCUGCCUGGGCGCCAUCAAGGAAAACAAGUGCCUGCUCCUCGGUUUCUUCAUUGUGUUGAUGAUUAUUCUCCUGGCAGAGCUGAUUUUACUGAUUUUGUUCUUUGCAUACACUGACAAGGUCAGUGAGAAUGCAAAGCAGGACCUGAAGAACGGACUGGCUCUGUACAACACAAAGAACAAUCUAGGGCUGAAGAACGCAUGGAACAUCAUCCAGGCUGAAUGGAAGUGUUGCGGGGUGACAGGGUACACAGACUGGCAUGAGGCUCUUCAGGAGAGUGUGGUGCCGGACCGCUGCUGCCAGGAGCACUACACGGAGUGCGGCCGCAAUGCUACCAACAUGUUCUGGACUCGAGGCUGCUAUGAGAAGGUGGAAGAAUGGCUUGACGAGAAUAAGCACCUCCUAGGAACUAUCGCAAUGUGCAUCCUGGUGGUACAGCUCCUGGGAAUGGCUUUUUCCAUGACGCUCUUCCAGCAGAUUCACAGAACAGGCAAGAAGUACAACGCCUAGCGAGUCCUGGCACUGCGGACCCCAUGGCCCUGUGGGAUACACUCCGGAAGACUACAUAUCCUAGCAUGUCGACGUGGGCACCGCGAGGCGUGCACCUGUCGCUCCCGCGAACCCCCACGGACUCACCUGUCGCCCUCAACCCGUCACCGUCCAUCUCUAUUCUCAGUUUAAUUUGCCAAAGAGAAGUGGGUCAGAAAGGCGCGGAGUGGUGCUUGGCUGUUUUCCCUCACCUUUCGAAUGGGUUUCCUGUUUCCUGGGACUGACGCUGCAGGAAGCAAAUCCAACGGCCCGGAUGCCCCGUGGCUCUAAAGCACAAGUCUGACCCGUAGGACCAGAAAGCCGUGCUGAGAGCUGUGAUGUUCUAACACCGCUGAGGGCAAUGGGUCCAGCUGGGGAUGACUGGUAAUGACAGCUCUCUCCCUGGGUUAAAAGGCACGUCAGUUAUUGUAUUCUUAUUAUUUUUUUUUAAGUUAUCCGAGGAUAACGCUCUUAUAUAAAUGUAAAAGGCAUAGACUUCUGUAAGCAGUGUUUGUAUCGGGUCAUAUUGUGUUUGUUAGGGCUCACAUGAGAUGUUCAGUGCAAACAGGUGAUGUUCCUCAUUUAUCAGACCUCCACGGUCGACUGUCUCAGACAACAGGGCCGCCGUCUUUCCGGGUCGCUUUGCACCGCUGAUUUUGUUUUUGUUCUUUCGUUGUUUUCAUUGCUUUUUUUCCCCCUCGAUGGUUUGGAUAGUCUCUAACACAACUGAACAGCUGUAACAUUCCUGCCCAUUUCCAUCCAGUGUUGCUCCACCCACUGUAGUAGGUACACCAGACACAGAUCAGAGGACGAGAGAUACAGGCUGGUGUCACAGGCUGCCUGCUGCUUCCAGAAAGGUCCACGGGGGGUGCCAACAAACAAGGCAAUGCUCUUUUGAGGUAGCGGUCUCCAGAAGUUUCUUCCAACCUGGGUUCCAGGGCUUCACCACCAUUAGUCUGCUUAGCAGGUGCAGGGCAGGAAGUACCACAUUCGAUCAUACCUGAAACUGCGGUUGUGAACGUACCCAAGAGGGGGUCUGCUGAUGCGCAGAGGAAGUAGCAAUCUGAGGAGUCCUUUGGAAAUUGGGAAACGUGCUAAAUAUGUUUGCUAAGCAGUGAAAAUGUCAAACAGCUGAGCUCAGCCAAGCUCCUGGAGGACUCAGCUGGGGAGGUUCUCAUCCCUCAUUACUCCACUGACAGCUCAGACAGAGAUGAACGGAUUCGGUCGAUGUACCAAAUUAAUCUGCAACCGUGGUGGUUCGCUGCCUGGACGUAACAAAGCAAAGGGAAUCCGUGUUGCCGGGGGAGGAGGAACCUCCUGGAAGUCACUUUUAGAUAAGUAGGCGUGUCAGCAGUUAUGUUGAUGGUACAGUCAACGUCCCCACGCGUAUUUAGGUUCUUUCAAAAAGUUGGCUCCAAUCUUUAGCCUCGUGGGGGAAGUCAACAUUUAAGGUGUACGUUUCGCUCCCAUUGGCUUUUCUGCUCAUUUAGUGUUGGAGGUUUACAGUGUUCAUCUGCCUGCCCGUGGCUGACAUCACCAAUGGGAGGUGGACAGCUGGCUCUGCGGAGGGACGUCUGAAGUCCGGUCGGGUCAUUCUGUGGAGGGUCCGGCUGUGGUGUCACACUUCCCUGUAGGCAGGGCCAACCGUACAUCAACUGAUCCUGUUAGUCCUAAUAGAGCCCCAUACCCACUGGAGGCCCUGCUCAGAGGAUACCACCUCCAAGAGGCUGGGGGAGGGGGGCCUUUGGAAAUCCUGGAAUUCCUUGCUUUGACUGAGAGAGCUAUUGGAUUUCCAAAUAUAUAUUGCUGUGCUCAUAUUUUUUGACAAUACCAGUCACACUGCUGUCAAGGGAAAGCAGCUUUUCCAAAUUAAAAUUGAUCGAAUGUUAUCUAAGGUCAAACCUGCUCCUAGAUGAACUCAACAGCCUUGCAAUGUUAUCCAUAGAAUAUGAUGAAGCAAAAAAAAAAUAGUUUGCGGAACAGAAAGCCAGAGAGCUUUCUUUAAAAUCUUUUUGAAGAUGUUUGAUGUGAGAAUGUAAGCUUAUACGUACAUAUUGUUUUAAUGGAUUGUAAUAGCAUAUAUUCCUGACACAUAAUUUGGAAUAAUAUUUAGUCCAAGAGGCCGCACAAAAAAAGGUCCAAAAUGGGCCCAGUAAUUGUCAGUAUGAGGAUGAAAUAGGUCAUUUUUUUAUGUUAACACUACCUGUAGAUUGUGGUUCAAGCAAAUUUCCCAGCAUCGUUGUUUACUGGCAUUGGUCUAUCGACAGUGUCGUUCAUCACUCACACAUACGGAACACAGUGGUCCCCAAGUUUGCUGCUUGCUUUUUUGACCCAUUCAUGUUAAAAAUGUUGUAGAAAAUACAUGUAUGAAUCUCUGGGUGCAAGUAUGAAUGAUGAAAAGUCCAUUUUGGAUAAACUUGGUCUUCAUUUGUACCUUUCACUCACUUUCAGUAACCGUUUUCCUAAGUCAGGAUAGUGGUGGUCUGGAGCCUAUUCCAGAAGCACAGGGCUAGUCCAUGUAGACCCUGGACGGAUGUCCCUUGCAGGGAAAGCACGCACACAUAGUACCUCCCACGUUCACAUAUUGCAGGCUAUUUAGAGUUCCCAUCUGAAACAUUUGUCCUUGGACUGUGGGAAGAAACACGAGCAUCUAGAGCAAACCCACAGGGACACAGGGAGAACAUGCAAAAUCCACACAGAUUGUUCCAGAUUCGAACCUGUGCGCAAACAGCUCGCGCACUGAAUCACCAUACUUACAAACAUAUGUAUUUCAUGUGCACCUGCCGCAAUUAUUAUAUAUAUAUUAUAUAUUUUUUUUGUUUUUAAUUCAGAAAUACAGGGUAAGUCCAGUGUACAUUAAUCAACAGAACAUCUGUUACUUUUCCUGUUACUUUUAUAAUAAUUCAGCUGCCUUCUUUAAAGUGUAUGUUUCAGGAUAAGGUGUCGGUGUGGUGCAAACCUCCCCUCACCUUUUUUUGGUUCCUUUAUAAAUACUCUGAUACAUUAUAACAACGCAAGUUCUUCCUCCCAAGUAAAGACCUUGAAAUAUGAGUACAGAAAUGUGAAUAAGCCUCAUGCUUGUCUGAUUUUUGAGAAGGUCCAUUGACUUGAUAGAUUAUGAAUUUCCUUCUUGGAUAUGAGCGUGACACAUUUUGUACCCCUUUCUGGAUUUCUUUUCUAAUGUUUCUUUUACUUUGGUAUUUUUAAAUUUAGCAAGCAUCAGCUCCAACUAUUGUCUAUUAGUAUCACUUAUUCAUUUUGAUAUUAUUUGACCUUAUAGUUUUAAAAAAAAAAAAAA